AUGGGCAAGCAAGAAUGGAUCUUCAUCAUUCCCGACAAGGCGAAUUCACUUGAAGCGAGAAUGAAAGUGAGACCACAGCAUCUCGAAGAACUCAAACCUCAUGUCGAGAGCGGCGCGAUUGUUCUUGGAGGAGCAUCCUUAGAUGAACCUCUACAAGAGGGAGUUGGCAUGAAGACGAAUGGUAGCGUAAUCAUUAUUGAGAGUGAUUCGGAAGCUGAGGCGAGGAGGAUUGUUGAGGGGGAUGUUUAUUAUACUUCUGGGGUUUGGGAUGUUGAGAAGAUCAAGAUGAUGCCUUUUGCGAGCGCGAUACGGAAGGGGAAGUAG